AUGACCAAACAAAUUCCAUAUCUCCUAUACAUCAUACCUAUUUUCCUUACUCUUUGUACCAUUUCAAGUGCAAUAACAAGUGUAUCCAAACAACAAAUUGCAUGCACAAUGUGUGACACGUGCGAAAACCCAUGUCAACCACCUAUCAUUACCGUCCCGCCGCCACCGCCGCAACCAGAGUGCCCACCACCACCUUCUCCAACCACAACUGUCAAAUCUCCUCCUGGAUAUUCAAUCCCCACUUUCAGUUAUUAUUCUCCUCCUCCUCCCAUCGGUGGCGGAAGCGGCGGCGGAGGUGGUGGUGUUCCAAGAGGUAUUUACGGUGUACCGUCACCUCCAAAUCCAAUAGUGCCAUAUUUUCCUUAUUACUAUUACAGUCCACCACCUCCAAAAGGUGGAUCUAGCCCCUCAUGCUUGAAAACAGUCCAUUAUUUUGUUACUUUUAUCUUCAUUUUUCUGUCUUGGAUCUUGAGUUAA